AUGAAUUACGAAAGCCUCCCGGAGUAUCUGUCCUACCUAUCCUACGGAUUCCGAACACUGUCCUCGGAAGAGCACUUCAAGCUGGAACAUUCACUUCGGAAUCUUCAACGUGCGCAACAGCUAAAUUCCGUUUAUUUCCUCGGAAAACUAGAAGGCAUGGAAGCUGACUAUUACCUCGCAUUUGGGUGCCCCGGACAGGAUCUGUUCAGUGGUCGAAAACUGUUCUACAGUUUGAACCUAAUUGAUUGGUAUCUCCUGCUGGAGCCAAAAAGUUGGACCUCAGAUUGGGAUCAAAUAAAGAGCAUGUUUCGUGGUGAUCCGGCUUUUCAACUAACGGUUGAUUUUGGACCUCAAUUCACCUUGGACGAAGAUUUAGUUCCCAUCGAAGGUGCGAGCAGGAUUCUGGUGCUGAAAGAGCAGGACCGGCUUUGGUUUGUGGUGUCCCGUCUACUUGAGGAAGCGGCCGUUGUUCCCAGGGGAGUGCUGUAUCAUACCACGGAUGGGAAAUCAGUGAUUAAUUCGUUCUUCGAUGGUAUGCCCGUCUGCGACGGGGUUGAUCUGCGCAACUAUCAUCACUUUCGGCUGCCGGUGACUGAACCUCGCAAGAAUCUUUUGAAACGGGACAAAUGCAGCUACUUUUUUGACGUUUUUGAUCCAGCUGUGUACUGUAUACCGAAGGUGGAAAGUUUCGACCUAACACGGGAUCCGAUGCGGGAUGUUGUGUUGCUGAAAUCGCUGCAGUGGCCGGGAAUGGUUAGUUUUCAGCGAGCGAAUUCGAAAGCGUAUGGAUUUUUCUACUUCGGUGAUGGAAGGAAGAAUUGGAAUCUUAUGUUUAAAUUUUGA